AUGGGUCGGCGAGGCGGGUCCUCAUGCGCUCGGGCCAUGGCGCGCCUGGGCGCUGUGCGCUCCCACUACUGCGCUCUGCUGCUGGCCGCGGCGCUGGCCGUCUGUGCUUUCUACUACCUCGGCUCGGGCCGGGAGACCUUCUCCAGCGCCACCAAGAGGCUGAAGGAGGCCCGCGCCGGAGUCCCCGCCGUGCCCUCGCCGCCCGUGCCGGAGGUGGCGCGGGGCUCCGUGGCGCCGGCCCCGGGCGCCAAGGCCAAGAGCCUGGAGGGCGGCGGGCCCGGGCCGGUGGACUAUCACCUGCUGAUGAUGUUCACCAAGGCGGAACACAACGCCGCGCUGCAGGCCAAGGCCCGCGUCGCGCUCAGCUCCCUGCUGCGCCUCGCUAAGUUCGAGGCGCACGAGGUGCUUAACCUGCACUUCGUGAGCGAGGAGGCCAGCCGCGAGGUGGCCAAGGCCCUGCUGCGAGAGCUUUUGCCGCCAGCCGCCGGCUUCAAGUGCAAGGUUGUCUUCCACGAUGUUGGCGUGCUGACGGACAAGCUCUUCCCGGUGGUGGAGGCCAUGCAGAAGCACUUCAGUGCUGGCUCAGGGACCUACUACAGCGACUCCAUCUUCUUCCUCUCGGUCGCCAUGCAUCAGAUUAUGCCCAAAGAGAUCCUGCGGAUAAUUCAGCUGGACCUAGACCUGAAGUACAAGACCAACAUCCGGGAAUUGUUUGAGGAGUUUGACAGUUUCCUGCCGGACGCCAUCAUUGGUAUAGCAAGAGAGAUGCAGCCAGUAUACCGGCACACAUUCUGGCAGUUCCGCCACGAGAACCCCAAGACGCGGGUUGGGGGCCCUCCCCCCGAGGGGCUGCCUGGCUUCAACAGCGGCGUGAUGCUGCUGAACCUGGAGGCCAUGCGCCAGUCCGCCCUCUACGGCCGCCUGCUGGAGCCGGCACAGGUGCAGCAGCUGGCCGACAAGUACCGCUUCCGCGGCCACCUCGGGGACCAGGACUUCUUCACCAUGAUCGGCAUGGAGCACCCCGAGCUCUUCCACGUGCUGGACUGCACCUGGAACCGGCAGCUUUGCACCUGGUGGAGGGACCACGGCUACAGUGACGUCUUUGAGGCUUACUUCCGGUGUGAGGGCCACAUCAAGAUCUACCAUGGGAACUGCAACACCCCCAUCCCGGACGCCUAGGUGCAUCCCUGUCUGCCGUGCCCUCGGGUCUCCGGGGGAGCCCAAGGGGCACCCCUGCUACCGGCCCCAGGCUGGCGUCCGAACCUCUGUGGGGAUGUGCUUCCGGACGAGGUGCUGCCGCUGUCCCGCCCAGUGAGGACUGGCCUAUGCGUUGCUGGUGCUCGGGGCCCUUUCUCUCCGGGGGGCCGGGCAUCGUGGAGGGCCAACACAUAGACAUCUUCCAGGGGGCUUGGAAACAGGCGCGUAAAGAGGAGAAAGGAAAGACAAUAGCCCUUCGUGCCCUCAGCCCCCAAACAAUGGAAAUCCUUUUAAGCACUGGCAUUUCUUAGACCAAAUAUAAAUUUAUUUUAAAUUGACAAGCUUCCCUUUUGCCAGAAAGAACAAACAGUACUGCUAGGGCUCCCAGGGAGCGCUGAACGAGUGAGCUGGGGUUUUCACAGCCGGCCCCAAGUUGAAGCAUCCAGUGAAUGCCCACCUUCCACACGCGCACCCUAGGAGGCUGUGUGCUUGUUCCCACCAUGCCCACAUUGCCUGGUCAGGGUGUGAAGGUCACCACCGGCUCGGGGAGCGUCUGCAGGGCCAGCCGCGGCCCACCUGAGAAACCCGGCCUCAUUACUAUAGCUUCCCCAGCUUCUCGCUCCCAGCCGCAUCCCAGAACCUCAUUAUCCCUCCUUCAUCCCAGCCGGCUUCAGGUGACCAGACGGUGCUCGGAAGUCAGAUCCGCCAUCAAAGAACAGAGCUCGGCCACCCCCAGGGACAGGUGAUAGAGUCAUCUGGAUGGGGAAGAUGCAUUCCAAAGAGGAGCCCCUCAGUUUCUGCGCAUAACCGGGUGGCUCCGAAGGGGGGUCCCUCGUAGACUGAUAGGCAUUCAGUCUCUGUUUAAAACCUCAUCCUGUGAUUUUUCUUAUUGCAUCAUAUUAGACCCUGUUCCUUCGAAGAAAUUAGGUUCUUCUCUGAAUGAGUUCCCUUGUAAGAUGCAGACACGAAGCCCCUGAUGGUGCAUUUUGUCUAGUUCAGCAGAGGUCCUCGGGGAAGAACUGUGGUUGGAUUUUCAUCUCCUUUGAUUUCCAUUUCAUUCACUUUUUUAUUUCUCUUCACCAUGAGUGAGAAUAGCUAAUAAACAAGCUUUGAGAACACAAUGAUUAACGUUGUUUCUUCUCCGAUCAUGGUUUACUGCUCCCUGGAGGUUCUGAAUCAAGAGUGCAGUCAGGGGC